AUUUUGAAUUCCACGUUCUGGGUAGUUUCUCCACCUGAAGCAGGAGCUGCUCAGGGACACCACCUGUCAGGUUGUCCCGCCCAUGGAGGGCCCUUCGGAGACUCCAUGGUCGUCUGCCCACGAGGCGCUGUGCCUGCCCUGGGCCACCCUCAUUCUCCUCUACUCCCUGGUGGCACUCACCUCCCACCUGCUGGAGGUGGCUGGCCAUGGCCUGCUGAUCCAGGCUGCGGGGCCCCUCCUGCCUUCCCCUUGGUCAGCCGUGUUUGGCCAUCAGGCCACCACUGACGCCAUCUUCACCGUCCUCCUGCCGCUGACCCUCACCAGGACAUGCUGGGGAGUGUUCUGCCGCCUGGACCCCAGCCUGGCCUUCCUGACCUUUCUGCUGACGCACGUGGCUGCCGCCUGCCACACCUCCCUGCUGCAGCCCACCUGGGCGCUGGCUCACCACACAGCUCGGUGGGUGGUCUUCUGGGCCGGUGGGCUCUGGCUCCUCCUGCUGGGCCUAGGUGGGCCAGCCCUGCGAGCCGUGAGGGACCACGCCAGCCCCGCUGACCCCUACAACAGGACUCCUGCUGGGGCGCCCCCUGGCCAAGCCCAGGACUCCAGGUUCUGGGGCCACACGUUGGAUCAGCUGGUGUUUGGACUUGGGGUGCGUCUGGGGCUGCUGAGCUCCUUCCACAGCCUCGUGCGGGCCAGGCUGUGGUUGGCCAGGCUCACAGGGCAGCCCCUGCUGCUGGGCAUGCCCUGGGCCACCGGGGCCAUGCUGUUUCUCUGCUGGUUUCCUUUCCACCUGCUGCUUCUACUGAGGCUCCUGGGGACACAGAAGGCCAGGCUGGACCUGGGGGAUGUCUGGGUGCUUCUCAGACCCUUGGGGUUCACCCGUGGUGGCCAGCGGUGCCUCAACCCCCUGCUCUAUGUGUGUGGGGCCCAGAUCCUCCAGCGACAGCUGCGUCAGUUCCUCCAGCCCUGCCUGUCCUGCCGCAGAGGAGCAGCUGAGGAGGAGACUGGGGCGGGGCUCUGGGGAUGGAGGCUGAGCCCUCCUGCAGGGACCCAAGAGGCAAUUCCUGGGGAAUUAGGGACAGUGGGUAGGGAGGGGACAGAUUCCGAUCUCCUCAACCUGCAGGGAAGAAUGCAGGGCUGA